AGCGACGUGUCCUUGUCCUCCGUGGGUAGCCCUGGCCCCUGCGGCCGCGGAUCGCCAGCUCCAAGGGCCUCCCCUCAGAGCCACCACCGCCUGGGACAACCAGCCUGGAGCCAUGAAGACCAAGAACCGGCCCCCCAGGCGCCGGGUGCCAGCGCAGGACACAGAUGCCACCCCAGGGGAGCAGACCCCCGACAGGCCCCAGCCGGGCUCUGGGCCGGAGCUGACCAAGGGUCUGCGGAGCAGGACUGCACGGGCGCAGGGGGCGCGGGCUGAGGGCGGGCGCAGGCGGCCGGGGUCCUCGGGGCCGGGUGGCCGGCGGGAGAGCAGCAUCCAGCGGCGGCUGGAGAGCAACGAGCGGGAGCGGCAGCGCAUGCACAAGCUGAACAACGCCUUCCAGGCGCUGCGCGAGGUCAUCCCGCACGUGCGCGCCGACAAGAAGCUCUCCAAGAUCGAGACGCUCACGCUGGCCAAGAACUACAUCAAGUCGCUGACCGCCACCAUCCUGACCAUGUCCAGCGGCUGCCUUCCGGGCCUGGAUGGGCCGGGCCCCAAGCUCUACCAGCACUACCAGCAGCAGCAGGCAGCGGGGGGCGCGCUCGGUGCCGCUGAGGCCCAGCCCGAGAGCCACUUGCAGAAGUACUCCACGCAGAUCCACAGCUUCCGAGAGGGCUCCUAGCACCCCGGCCUGGGGGUCAGCGGCGGCCUGGCCCUGGUCGCUCCGUGCCGGGAGCCCCAGACCGGUGGAGACACCCAUGCAGACCUGGCCCCAGCGGCCCCAUCUUCCCUGAACUCUCCACCGCCUCUCUGGAGCCCCGCCUGGCCCCCAGGAGACAAGAGCAGUGCAGGAGGCCCAGCCUCCACAGAGGCCCAGGCCCUGCUUUGUAAUUGACUAGGCAGGAGUUGACAGGCCUUGUACCUAAAUUCUCUUCACUCCCGACUCCCUCCGGAGGCAAGGGGAGAUUCCAGGAGAAGGUUUUCUUUGGUAAGUUUCCCCAGUUACUGCUGAGGCCCAGACCCAGGAAGGGACUUCCUCCAACCUGCAUAGGAGCCUCCUUGUUUGUGGUAGACUGAGGCACGGAGCAAGCAAAGCCCACAGCCACUCGGGGAGUGUGGCUGAGCUGAGAUGGUUGGAGCCUCUAGUUCUGCAUCUGUCAGUUAGAAACCCUAGUUAGAUUAUCUCACAUUAAUUCUAAAGGGACCUUGUCAGGGAGAGGCCUUGUCCGGGAGAGGGGAUCUUUUCCUCCCUUCUGCCUAGUGGGGGUUCCUGACUGUGGAGAGUCUGAGCAGGGUCCGAGGUCUGUGGUCUGGUGCUGAGGGGGCUGGAGACAGGGCUGGGCUGAUGGGGCGGGAGGGGCUGCUAGACCCUGUUUCCCCUGAGUGGCCAGGGGUCUCCAGGCCAGCCCUGGCCCUGCGGGGAGAGGGUCUGUCCCCAGGUCUCUCUUGGGGUCCCACCCAAAUUUGCUGCUGCUUGUCAUAUUUAUCACUGACAUGGGUGGCCACAUAACUGGCAGAGGGUGGUCUGACAGGACUUUGGGAUGUUCUUGGGUCCUGGUUGGAGUUGGGGGCCCUACGGGGCUCUCUAUGGGGAGGAGGCUGGGGUGGCAAGAGCUCCCCUCCCCCACCUGGCGGUGCUACUUAAAGACGGGACUGGGCAGCUUGGCAGGUCCCUGCCGCCUCGGGCCAAGCUUCCGUCUGUGGCAUUCCUGCCCCGCUGCCUCCAACAGGCUUGGUGACUUUGCUCUCAGCCCCCGCUGGCCUCUCCCCUCCCUCAUCCCUCUGCCCAAAGCCGAAAUGGGGAGGGGACAGGGUCCUUGGCAGCCUUGGGCAGGAACCCCAGUGACGGGCUGUGGAGAGGGUGGAGUUGGCCUGGCAUGUGGGGCCAGGUCCUCCAUGCCCACACCUGUCCCAGAGACCCUUGGAGGCCAGGCCCCUCCUGGGGCGCUGUGGGUGAGGGCUGAGCCAGGCGGAGAGUGGGGCUGCCACAGCCCAGGGCCCUCCCCAAUUCGUGGCCUCACCCUCUCUACCCUGGUAGUUCCUGGCCACAGCCUCUUAACGCAUGGCCAGGCUUGGCAUCAGCUCUGGCCACCUCGAGGGCAGCAGGUGGCACUCCUCAGAACAGUCAUUAGCUGCCGGUCAGACACUGGCCGGGCCUCCCCAGGCCCCAAUGCCAGGCCCUCUGGAAGGUGGCCCCAGGAGGUCCCGGCCUCAUUGCCCCAGCUGUCCUUCAGCACGGCUCAGGUAGGGGCCCCGGCACUCCCGGCCUGCUCCUCAGGUGGCCACUCUGGAAGGUCAGUGGGCAGGGCAAGCCACUAACUCCGAGCUCAGGACAGAUGGGCCCCAUACAUCCUCUACUGUGGGUCACCACCUUGCGGGACGAUGGCCUUCGCGGCUCUGUCUGUCCCAAAUUGGCUCCUGCACCCCUUUUGCUUCCCAGAGGGUGACCUGGGCCCAGACGUCCAGUCCUUCUUCACCUGCGGCUGGAGGGCAUCUGCGCACCCCAUGGCCACAUCAUGAAGGAUCCUUAAAGGUCCCACUCCUGCGUUGGGGUAUUAAA